AUGCCUCGCCCCCGCCGGGUCUCAGCGGGUGCUAGAGCAGGCGUCAAUCUGGACGCUACAGGAGGGCUAACUGCCGUGGUGGCCAGGCGCCGGGAGCAGCUUUACCACGACUUUUGCAGCUGGGCUGAGAGAGAGCUGGGAUGCCAUUUCAGUCAGCUCUGUUGUACUGGACUGCUGCUGGGCACCACUCUGGUCGCUUUUGGCAAGUUUCUCUUUUAUCAGGGUUCUCCUAAGUAUGUGUUUUCGGAAACCAUUAAUGCUUGUGCCGAUCGCUUUAAGCACUACCGUGCUUUCUUCGCCAGCGCGUGGAGUGUACUCACGCGGUGGGAAGAGGAGGAGCCUGCAGAGCGAUCCAUGAUCAUACCUGUCAGUGUUUUCAAGGCAGCCUUAGCAGUUUCGCUGCUCUGGGGAUGGCCAUACUUCGCUGCUGCUUUGAUGGUCGCGUUCAACGGCCUUCUCAGACCUGGUGAGUUCCUCACCUUGAAGCGACGCAACCUGCUGCUGCCUCGCGACCUUCUGUCUGAUUUACCGGUGGCGUAUGUUCGCCUCUUGAAUACUAAAACCAAGCGCUUCAUGCUGCGGCAGCACGCCAAAAUUUCAGAUGCGCUCACUGUCAAGUUUCUGGAUGCAAUCUUUGGUUCCUGCGCGUACGCCGAGCCUCUUUUCAACUGCUCGCCGUACGUGUUUCGGCGCCGCUGGGACGCUGUGUUUCAAACUUUGGGGGUUCGCACUGACGAAAGUUCUGAUGGCGUCACUCCCAAAUGUCUCCGAGGCUCCGGAGCGACAUGGCUGUACCAAGUUACCGAGAACAUUAGCAGCAUACAAUGGAGAGGGCGUUGGCAACAGCGCCGCACCCUGGAAUAUUACUUACAAGAUGUGACUGGCCAGCUCUUGCUUGCCGACUUGGCAGAGAGCCAUAGGCAACAAAUCCGCGCGCUGGCUGCGUCGUCCGGCGCACUGAUGGCCCACUUCGUACAUAGCUCUGGCUUUCAGCCGUAA